AUGUCCGAAGAUCUUGAAAUCAAUCAGGCGAGCCCCCAAAAAAGUAUUUUCCUUGACACCUUCAAGGUCAAGUUCGAAGACAACGACCCAAAAAAUCCCAAAAACUACAGCCCUUCUCACAAGGUAUUUCUCGUCAUCCAGAUGGCUUUGUUGGCCUUGGCUGGAUCACUCGGUUCAUCCAUCACCUCACCAGCCGUAGCCAGCAUUGCAGAAUAUACUCAUACGACUUCCGAGGUGACGGCCUUGACGGUGGCUUUGUUUGUUCUAGGGUGGGCAUUUGGUCCCAUGAUUUGGGCUCCGAUUAGCGAAGUCUACGGUCGCCGGAUUGGCAUGUUGCCAGCCAUUUUCAUUCUAGGAUUAUUUAGUAUCGGAACGGCAACUAGUCGCAGCGCAACAGCUAUCUUCCUAACCCGUUUCUUCGGCGGUAUAUUUGCUUCUGCGCCAAUCAGUAAUGUCCCUGCCGCCCUGGGAGAUAUCUUUGACCCAGUCUCUCGUGGAAAUGCGAUGACGAUUGUUGCGUUUUGCAUUACGGGGGGUCCGACACUGGGUCCUAUUAUUGGCUCUGCUUUAACAGUUAACGCGCGGUUGGGAUGGCGUUGGACUGAAUAUGUCGAAGCGAUUCUGGUGUUUAUUUUAUUUUUCAUGUGUGCUUUUUUUCUGCCAGAGACAUAUGCACCCGUUUUGCUGAAACAGAAGGCUCAACAUCUACGCCGGAGCACUGGAGAUCAGCGAUACUGGCAUCCUCAUGAAAAGGAGAAGAUUGAAUUGAGUACCGUUGUGUCAAAACGUCUCGCCCGUCCUUUGAAAAUGUUGUUCAUGGAACCAAUGGUGACAUGCCUUGCACUGUACGCAUCGUUCACCUACAGUCUAAUUUACCUUGUGCUCGAGGUGUUUCCGAUUGUUUUCAAAGAGAACCGAAAAUGGAGUCUCGUGUUGUCAACCCUUCCCUUCCUGUCGAUCUUAGUUGGAGUCGGAUGUGCCGUUUUCAUCAACUUCGCCAAUCAGCCACGCUACAAACGGGCCGUGAAAGCCAAUUGUGGCAGAGCUGUUCCUGAGGCGCGUCUACCUCCAAUAAUUGUCGGGGCAAUUUUGCUCUCAGCCGGCCUGUUUUGGUUUGGAUGGACAGCGGCUCCGAAGUACCCUUGGCCGCUUCCCGUCAUCGCAGCAGGUUUUAUCGGAGCAGGAUUUAAUAUAGCGUUUCAGCAGUGUCUGAAUUUUCUGGUCGAUACCUAUGGUCCGUACGCUGCAAGUGCGGUGUCUGCCAACACAAUUCUAAGAUCGGUCCUCGCUUGCGCAAUGCCCAUGGCGGCCCGACCAAUGUUUGUUAAUCUGGGAAUUGGGCCUGCAGCAAGCCUUCUUGGCGGAAUUUCUUGCUUGGCGUUGCCUGUACCAUUGUUAUUUAUGCGGUACGGGGCUGCGUUGAGACGGAAUUCGAAAUUUGUUGACGGGGAAUAG